UGUCUCUGUCGCCAACGGCAGGAAUAGAGGCGGCUCGUGGCCGGUGUUUGCCGACGGAAGGAAGAAGCCCUUACACUUCCCUCUUUAUUAUUAUUAGUACCUUUGUCACAAUGUGUGCCUCCAUAAAAAGAGUUCACGCAUUUGCACGACUCAAGCCCUCCGCUGACUUUUCUCAAGAUAUGAUCAAGUUUGGACCCGACAAUCUGACUAUCAAUAUCUACAUCGAAAGAGACCAUUCAAAGGGAGUUGUCAACAACAAACAGACGGACUGGUCUUUUAAACUAGAUGGUGUUUUUCACAACGCAACGCAAGAGCUGGUUUAUGACUCCGUAGCCAGAGACCUGGUCUCCCAGGCUCUCAAUGGAUAUAAUGGAACUAUAAUAUGCUAUGGGCAGACAGGAGCCGGUAAGACUUUCACCAUGACAGGAACAACAGGAAACUAUGAGCAUCGAGGAAUCAUUCCCCGAGCUAUACAACAGGUCUUCAAAUCGAUGGAGGACCAUGCCAGUCAGUUCAUGACCAUUCGAGUUUCCUACCUGGAGAUCCACAACGAGAUCAUCUUCGACCUCUUAUCCUCUACGCCCCACGUGGCUUACCCUCCGCUGUCCAUCGCAGAGGGCCCGCAGGGGGUUUCUGUGAAAAGUCUGACUGUGCACACCUGCCCCAGCGAAGAAGUUGCUUUAAACUUUUUGUUUGAGGGCGACAUGAACAGAACUGUCGGCCAUCACGCUCUGAACAGCCACUCUUCUCGGUCUCACUGCAUCUUUACCAUUUACAUUGAGUGCCAUUCCAGAAUCAUGUCAGAUGCCACGUUCGUCACUUCCAAAAUUAACCUGGUAGAUCUGGCCGGCUCAGAGAGGUUGGCAAAGAGCAAGUCAGAGGGACGCGGAUUGAAGGAAACAACUUACAUCAACAAGUCUCUGUCAUUCCUUGAACAAGUCAUCAUUGCGUUGUCUGAGCGUAACAGGGAGCAUGUCCCCUUCCGGCAGAGCAAGCUCACUUACACCCUGAAGGACUCUUUAGGUGGAAACUGCAACACUGUCCUGGUGGCUAAUAUCUGCAGUGAACCUGUUCACAUAGUGGAGACGCUAUCCACGCUUCGUUUUGCUACCAGGAUGAAAUGGGUGACCACUGCUCCAGUUGUGAAUGAAAAAUUUGACACAGAGCGCUUGGUGAAGAAUCUCGAAAGGGAGGUCCUCUAUCUGAAGGAGGAGCUGGCUGUGCACAACAGUCUGCUCAAUCGCCCACCAGUGACUUAUGAGCCCCUGAACGAAAUCCAGGUGGCAGAGAUCAACUCUCAAGUCCGUCGGUUCCUUGAAGGAACCAUAGAUGAGUUUGACAUUGUGAGCCUCAGACAAAUCCACGAAAUCUUUAACCAGUUCAAAGUCAUCUUGAGCCAACAGGAGCAGGAAGUGGAAGCCAGGCUGAGGAGCAAGUACACUCUGAUAGACAAAAGUGACUUUGCCACUCUGGCUGCAGUUCAGAAGGCAGGACUGGUAGAUGCUGAUGGCCACCUGGUUGGUGAGGUUGACGGGCAAGGAUUUGGCAUUGGAGUCGCUCCUUUCUCAGCCAAAUCUGGAGGGAAGAGAGCGAAAAUGAAAAAAGGCAAAGAACAGCCCAGCUCUGCUCCACGGAAGGAAGGCCUGGCCAGUACUAUUUCAGGGAAGGAGCUGGAUUCCAUUUCCAUCUCGCGCAGCCAGGUGGUCAGCAAGGAGCAAGAGGCAAAGGAGGCCCAGGACGUCCUCAGCGUCGAGACCUGCCGCACUGAAUCUGGGCCUAAGGAUGAUGCUGCAGCCCAGCCCAGUUGCCCACCUACCAGGAUUGCCGCCUUUGAGGACUUCAAGAGUGAGCGUGGAAGUGAGAUCAACCGGAUCUUUAAGGAGAACAAAGCUAUUCUAAUCGACCGCAAGAGGAAAAUGAGCGAGGCUGCUCAGAGGAUCAGUGUGCUCAAGCAGGAGAUGGAUGCCGCCAAGCAGGCCCUAGAGUGCCAGAGACUGGACCGGGAGCAGCAGGGAGAAUAUCUGAACGAGGAGGGUCAAAUCAUCAUCGACGAAGAUGAAUUCCUGCUGCUCGUGAAGAUGAAGGAGCUGCGGAAGCAAUACCGAGCGGACUUCGGCAGUUUCAGAGACCUCCAGUCCGAAGUCCAGUACUGCCAGCACCUGGUGGAUCAGUGCCGUCAGAAGCUGCUGACAGAAUUUGAAAUCUGGUACAACGAGUCCUUCCUCAUCCCCGAGGAGGUCCAGGAGGCGCUGAAGCCUGGAGGCGCCAUCCGGCCGGGCAUGAUUCCCAUCAACAGAGUCCUGACGCUGGAUGAAGAUGAGCAGGAGAGGUUUGACCGGAUGCAGGAGGAAGUGCUGCCGUUCUGCCCGGAUUCUGUCUCCUUCUACAACGCUAAAGCAAAGACUGACCGCAAGCACAAGUAUUCCCAAGCCAUGACUACACUCGAGCAAAUGAGAAAGAAACCCGCUGGUAUCCAGUCUGUGGUGAAGAACAAGCCUCCAUCCGGGCUUGACGCUACGUAGCCAAGCCAGGAGGGCUCCCGCCUUGUUUUCUGAAGGUGGAACGUAAACCAACUGAUCUUCCGGUGUGAGU